AUGAACUAUAACACCAACGCUCAAUCUUACGGAAGUCCAAAAAGCCGCGCCUCCUAUACCGCUCAAGAGGAGGCAGAAUUGAGAGAAUAUUUAAUACAAAAAAGAAGAGAAGGAAUGCCUUUGCGCGGCAACGUCAUAUAUCGGACUUAUCCUAGGGCAAAUGUUCGUCACCCUUGGCAAUCUAUUAGAUCUCACGCAAUAAAAUUUAUUUUGCCAAAUUUACCUCCUGAACGCUCCGUUGUCACAAACAUGGCGAAUGAAAGAACGAGUGCCUCAACAACGAAACAAAUACGAAAUAGCGACUUACAAGAGGAAAGAAGCUCUAGAGUCACACCAACACGUCCCGUAUACAACAACUAUAUGGAGAGUCAAGAACAGAGUAAUGUUAUAAGCCCUUCAAGACAAUCAUCCAUUACUCUUGAUGAUGGACAAUCUAUUGCAAAUGAAAAUGAUAAUAGUGAAUCUCCAAAAGCAUUUACUAAAGAUGAAGUGAAAAUUUUUCGUGAUUAUCUUAUUUCUCAAAGAAAUGCAGGUGAAGGACUAUACGGGUUUUUAAUUUAUAGAUUUUAUCCAGGACUGCAUGAACAUUCAUGGAUUUAUUUACGAGAAUAUGCUAUAAAGCAUAUUAUUCCAAAAUUGCCAAACAAUGAUGGACGUACAAGGACGAAUAAAAAUGUAAUUAAUAAGUUACAUACAAGCACCUCAGCAUCUACAUUAGGAAAAAGGCCUGCUACCCCAGAUAAUGGCGUUGAUAGCAAAUGGAAGAAGCGGAAGCUAUCAAUCAAAAAUUGA